AGAAUCUCAUUAGUCAAAAGGUUAAAGCAGCUAUUUCUUCUGAAGCUGUUGAAGCCUUGGUCGGAAAAGGUCGUCCAUAUCCGGCAGAAUAUGACCAGGAGAAAUAUCCAAAGGGAUACAUAGUGCCAAAGUUCAAUUUAUUUGACGGCACUGCAAAUCCUCGCCAACAUCUAGCACAAUUCAGAGCUACCUGUGGAAAUACAGGAGGCAAUGAUGCUCUAUUACUACGCCAAUUUGUCAGUAGUUUAACAGGCACAGCCUUUGAAUGGUAUGCUGAGUUACCCAACGACUCAGUAAGAACAUUCGCCGAAUUAGAGACGAUGUUCAUCAAAAGAUUUGCCAGUGCAACAAAGAAGGUGACUAUCGCUGACCUCGCUCUUGAGAAAAGGAAAAGAGAAGAAUCAGUCACCAAGUACAUUACCAGGUGGAGAAAUCUCAGCAUGAAAUGCGAGCAACAACUCACUGAAAAACAUGCUGUUGAGUUAUUACUGGGAAACAUAGAUGAUUAUAUGGCUCCAUAUCUGGCGAUGGCUACAAUCAAUACGUUUCAGGAGUUACUUGAUCGUGUAGCCAAAUUUGAAAGGUUACCCAGGCCUAGAAGUGCUGGUUUCAACUACAACAAUAAUCCACCAGGGAAAGGAAAGCAAAUCAAGAUCUAUGAUCCAAAAAGGGGUGAAGUAAAUGCUACAUUCCCGUCUUCCU